AUGGCCGCCGCGGCGGAGCUUGGGGGGAUGGAGGUGGCCGGACCUCGGGACUUCCUUCCCCGAGGCUCUGGAAUUGUCACUCGGCGGCCCCUCAUCCUGCAGCUCAUCUUCUCCAAGACAGAAUAUGCUGAGUUUUUGCACUGCAAAUCCAAAAAGUUCACAGAUUUUGACGAGGUGCGGCAGGAGAUCGAAGCAGAAACCGACAGGGUGACGGGAACGAACAAAGGCAUCUCUCCCGUCCCCAUCAACCUCCGCGUCUAUUCGCCGCAUGUGUUGAACCUGACUCUGAUCGACCUCCCGGGUAUCACCAAAGUGCCGGUGGGGGACCAACCGCAGGACAUCGAGUACCAGAUCAAAGACAUGAUCCUGCAGUUCAUCAGCAGGGAGAGCAGCUUGAUCCUCGCUGUCACGCCGGCGAACAUGGACCUGGCCAACUCGGACGCGCUCAAGAUGGCAAAAGAAGUCGAUCCUCAAGGCUUGCGGACGAUUGUAGUCAUCACCAAGCUGGAUCUGAUGGAUGAAGGCACGGAUGCCAGAGACGUGCUGGAGAACAAGCUGCUUCCUUUACGAAGAGGCUACAUCGGCGUCGUUAACCGAAGCCAGAAGGACAUCGACGGUAAGAAGGACAUCAGGGCAGCGCUGGCAGCCGAGCGGAAGUUCUUCCUUUCUCACCCGGCUUACCGGCACAUGGCCGACCGCAUGGGCACCCCGCAUUUGCAGAAGGUCCUUAACCAGCAACUGACCAACCACAUUCGGGAGACGCUGCCGUCUCUGCGCAGCAAACUUCAGAGUCAGCUGCUCUCCCUGGAGAAGGAGGUUGAGGAGUACAAAAACUUCCGCCCCGAUGACCCCACGCGAAAAACCAAAGCUCUGUUACAAAUGGUCCAGCAGUUCGGUGUGGACUUUGAGAAGCGGAUCGAAGGUUCAGGAGACCAGGUGGACACACUCGAACUCUCCGGGGGUGCCAGAAUCAAUCGCAUUUUCCACGAGAGAUUUCCUUUUGAGCUAGUGAAGAUGGAGUUUGACGAGAAGGACUUGAGGCGAGAAAUAAGCUAUGCAAUUAAAAACAUCCACGGUGUGAGGACGGGGCUCUUCACCCCAGACUUGGCAUUCGAGGCCAUUGUGAAAAAGCAGGUGGUGAAGCUGAAAGAGCCUUGUCUGAAGUGUGUCGACCUCGUUAUUCAGGAGUUAAUCAAUACAGUUAGACAGUGUACCAGUAAGCUUGGUUCCUACCCCAGGUUACGAGAGGAGACGGAGAGGAUCGUUACCACUCACAUCAGGGAACGGGAAGGCAAAACGAAGGACCAGAUCCUCCUGCUGAUCGACAUUGAGCUCUCUUACAUCAACACUAACCACGAAGACUUCAUUGGAUUUGCCAACUGUUACACUGAGCAGCACAUGACGACAGGCGCGCAGCAAAGGAACACCCAGACGAACAAGAAAAGAGCCAUCCCGAACCAGGGUGAGAUACUGGUGAUCCGCAGAGGCUGGCUGACCAUCAACAACAUCAGCAUCAUGAAGGGAGGCUCUAAGGAGUACUGGUUUGUGCUGACGGCCGAGUCGUUGUCCUGGUACAAGGACGAGGAGGAGAAGGAGAAGAAAUACAUGUUGCCUUUGGAUAAUUUGAAAAUCAGGGACGUGGAGAAGGGAUUUAUGUCUAACAAGCACGUCUUUGCCAUCUUCAACACAGAGCAAAGGAACGUGUACAAAGACCUCCGUCAGAUUGAGCUGGCCUGCGACUCCCAAGAAGACGUGGACAGCUGGAAGGCCUCCUUCCUCCGAGCGGGAGUUUACCCAGAGAAAGACCAAACUGAGAACGAGGACGGCGCCCAGGAGAACACCUUCUCCAUGGACCCUCAGCUGGAGCGCCAGGUGGAAACCAUCCGCAACCUUGUCGACUCCUACGUCGGCAUCAUCAACAAGUCCAUCCGGGACCUCAUGCCAAAGACGAUAAUGCACCUCAUGAUAAACAAUACCAAGGAUUUCAUCCACUCGGAGCUGCUGGCCUACCUGUACUCCUCUGCCGACCAGAACAGCCUGAUGGAGGAGUCGGCCGACCAGGCGCAGAGGAGGGACGACAUGCUGCGCAUGUACCAUGCCCUGAAAGAGGCCUUGAACAUCAUCGGGGAUAUCAGCAGCAGCACCGUCUCCACGCCAGUUCCCCCGCCCGUGGACGACACGUGGCUGCAGACGAGCAGCGGGCACAG